AUGACAUGCCGACAAAAUAUUGAGGAUUCUGACAACGAAUCAAAUGAUUCUGAAGAACAACAAUUAGAAGCCGGAGAAGAAGAUGAAAUGAUUCUUCUUGGAUUAAGUUCUUUAUUAGAUUCUCGUUAUUUAGAAUCACAUAAUUAUAAUAAUAUUGUUAAAUCUCAAGUGUGGUGGCACUUAAUUAUUCUUAAAUAUGAUGCU